CAAUUAUUUUUUCGCACCACUGCCUUGUCUUCACGCACACAUGUGCAUGCGCUCUUUUGGCCUCAUAUAGGGAGUGUCUGAGCGCGUCUUCCUCCGCCAGUAUAUAUGCGUCUUUGAGCAAGCUAGAUCGCCGCCACUGCCGCACUGCACACAGAUCAUAGUCUGCAGUGAAUGUGCACAGCGACAGAGGGACAGGGGGACCUGUGAGCAAGCACUUGACUGAAUUUUCAGGGCUACUUAGCUUGGAGCGAUAUCAAUGGAGGAGGGCCUUCCGCCAGGGUUCCGGUUCCACCCGACGGACGAGGAGCUCGUCACCUACUACCUCACCCGCAAGGUCUCCGACUUUGCCUUCGCCACCCGCGCCAUCGCCGACGUCGACCUCAACAAGUGUGAACCAUGGGACCUUCCGAGCAAAGCAAGCAUGGGGGAGAAAGAAUGGUACUUCUUCAGCAUGCGGGACCGGAAAUACCCGACCGGCAUCCGCACAAACCGCGCCACCGACUCCGGCUACUGGAAGACUACCGGCAAGGAUAAGGAGAUCUUCCACUGCGGCAUGCUCGUGGGCAUGAAGAAAACCCUAGUCUUCUACAGGGGCAGAGCUCCCAAGGGCGAGAAAACCAGCUGGGUCAUGCACGAGUACAGGCUCCAGAACAAGUUCCCAUACAAACCCAACAAGGAGGAAUGGGUGGUGUGCAGGGUGUUCAAAAAGUGCCAGAUCGUCAGGAUGAGGUCGCCAACAGGCAGCCCAACGAUGGACUCCCCACGCCACGACGCCAACGCCUCCCUCGGCGAGCUUGGGGAGCUCGACCUCUCCUCCAUCCUCGGCGGCUUCGCGCCGGCCGCGGUGCACACGUCGUCCAGCUCUCCGGGCGCGCUCCACCAUGUCGUCGGAGAGAGCUUCGGCCACAGGGUGGACAUGAACACGUACAUGAGCUGGAUGGCAGCAGCCAACCAGGGCGCCACGGCUGCCGCCGCGGCCGCCAUGCUCCCGUGGGGCGCAGCGCCGGGACUACUCGGUACUGUCUUCGCGCCAAACCAGUUGGUGCAGAAGCUGCUGCCGUUCGCCGGGUGCAGCCAGCCUCGCGAUGUCGGCAGCGUUGUGGCUAACGUCGGAGGUGAUCAUGCCAUGUUCGCGAGCUCGGUGGCGAAGGCUGACAUGGAAUGCAAUCAGCAGCAGGAGCAGCCGCCCCCGCCGGAGCAGCAGCUGGGAAUGGACGAGUCGACAUGGAGAGCCUUUUGAUCAUCACCUAUUUAUACAAACAAAUCAUUACACCAGAUAUGAACUUAAUUACGGUCAAUUUAUAUGCAUACAGUUGUAGGGGAAUAUUCUAGGUGAAAUGGGGCAAACCCGUUGUGUCAAAAUCAGGUGAAGUUCAACUAGAAAGUGUAUACUAAAAUGGGCCAAACCAGCCCAUUGGGUCCUAUUAAGUGGAGUUUAACUAUAGAA